AUGUAGUAAAUUAACAAAUAAAGUGGUAUAGGAGGAUUUUAAAGUGACUUAAUGAAGUAGUAUCAAUCCCAAGAAAGGGUUGAUCCUUCUAGCAUGCCUUAUCAAAAAAUGUAUUUGAGUUUUUCAGGCUCAAUAGAAAGCGGAGAAUUUGAUUCUGAAGACACUCUUAUGUGCUAAUAUGAAAUAGCCCACGGAAACAGCUUUAAUCCAGUAGAUAAUAAUCAAAUAUUAGAAGGAAAGUCAUAAUUUUCAGUUUCAAAUAGCUUAUAUACAAGAGAUAUUGUUUUUAACUUACCAUUUGAAGCUACUUUUUCUACUGAUACUCCAUUCGGAUGGCCCUAGCUUGUUAUUUCGGUUUUUGGAAAAAACUUUUUUGGUCUUUCUGAAGUUAGAGGAUAUGGAAGCGUACAUAUACCUACAUAACCAGGAUAUCAUGAAAGAAUUGUAAGAGUGUAUAAGCCUUUAGCUACAAGCAAAAUCUCGGAAAUAUUUAGCUUCUUCUCGAAACAAGAAAUAAAAUACCACGAUGCAAAAAAAGUAAUAGCUUAUGGAGAAGGAAGAGAAGUUACUAGAGUUAAAUCUGUUGGUACUAUCAAAGUUAAAUUCAACGUGAUGAAGAGAAAUUUUAAAAGAGAAGGUUACUCAUGA